AUGAAUGAAAGGGAUGAUCUUAAGAAGAAACUCUCUUCUGCAGAGAAGACAAAGCAGCAGGACUGGACAUUUUUCAAGACCAGUCUUUACUACAUCUCUACUGAGAGGAAGAGCUGGAGUGAGAGCAGACAGGACUGCAGAGAGAGAGGAGCAGACCUGCUGAUCAUAAACAGCAGAGAAGAACAGAACUUCACUGAAAUACUGAGACGAGGACAGACAGCUUGGAUUGGUCUGACUGACAGUGAGACAGAGGGGGUCUGGAAAUGGGUGGACGGCUCAGCGCUGACCACUAAGUUCUGGGCAAGUGGAGAUCCCAACAGUCAUUUAGGAGAUGAGGACUGUGUUGUAACUGCAAUGAAAUGGGCUGAUUUUCCCUGUAAUCAUAGGUUUGUUUGGAUUUGUGAGAAAAGCAUGUUUAACUAA